AUGGAGGAUUCGUCAUCGGGCCGUGGAGGUGGAGGAGGAGAUCAUUUUCCGGGCUUUAAGACAAGUUUUCACAAAGACGAUUACUGCAUUUUCAAACGGACUCUGAGUUGUCGGCUUCAGAGAAAAGCACCUUGUCGUCUUCUUCUACCACCCAAGCCUUCCACCAACACGUCGUCGUUUUCAUAUUCUCUUUCCUCACGCUCGUCGGCUGAGACGACGGCGGAGCUCGCCGGAGUUCCUCCUCCGGCGGCGGCGGCGGCGUUUGUUUCGGCGUGUCAUCAGAAUAACAAAGAUCCGAUUCCUCUGUUGUCUCCUCUGGUUCUUCCUUCCAUGCUUCAACCUAAUCCCACCUCUCACUGA